GUGGAAGCUUCCUUUACAAACUCGAUACUUACAUCGCCCUUUCACCAUGGCUUCCUAUAAACCAACCAUCAAGAAACCUUUGGUCUGGAUAGACUGCGAAAUGACCGGCUUGGACGUUUAUAACGAUAAUAUCAUUGAAAUUUGCUGUUUGAUAACUGAUGCAGAUUUGAAUAUCAUUGAUGAAAAGGGAUUCGAAAGUACGGUUUACGUUCCAAAAGAAAAACUAGAUCAAAUGGGAGAAUGGUGCAUUGAACAUCAUACCAGACUGGGACUUGUUGAUAAAAUCUUACAAAACCCUGAUCGAACAUUACAAAAAGUUGAAAGUGAAUUAUUCGAUUAUAUUAAAUAUUACAUAAAUGAACCAAAAAAGGGAUUAUUAGCUGGUAAUUCUAUUCACAUGGAUAAAUUUUUCAUGAUGAGAGAAUUCCCAAAAAUUAUUGAUUAUUUGCAUUAUAGAUUAUUGGAUGUCUCUUCAAUUAGUGAAAUUUGUAGAAGACAUAAUAAUGAUUUAUUAAGUAAAUGUCCAAGGAAAAGAGAUAGCCAUACCGCUAAAAAUGAUAUACAAGAUAGUAUUGCUCAAUUGAAAUGGUUUCAACAAAACUAUCUUAAAAAUUCAAAAGAAACUGAAAAUGUUACCAAUCAGUCAAAAACUGUUUAUCAAUUAUAA